AUGUCUGUAGAACCCUUGUCGGGUCAGCCUACAGCCCCGUCAGCCCAACGGAACAAAUGGGUCGAUAAACUGACCUCGCACUUUGGAAAUCGCAAUCGGAAUAUUUCAGAGUACUAUGUCCAACCUGACGACCCAUGGAGGUCUUACUUCCCAGGCGAUAUUAUAAAGGGCACAGUCGUCCUGAAAGUCGUGAAACCCGUCCGUAUCACGCACCUGGUCGUCUGCUUGCACGGUUAUGUCAAGGUGUUCAAAAACACCAUUCUACCAGGCGAAGCGAAUCGCGAAGUUGGCUUCAUGGGCCCCGGUAGAGGAAGGAGAGCCGGAGAAUACAUGGGAAAUGGUUUCGCAACCCUUUUUGAAGACGAAUUGGUUCUAUGUGGUGAUGGUCGUCUGAAAGAAGGCAUCUACAAAUUCAAAUUUGAAUUGGAGUUGCCGCCCUACAAUCUUCCGAGCAGUAUAAAUUUUGAACGCGGAACGAUAGCGUAUAUAAUUACAUCUACCCUAACUCGUCCCACGACAAUCGCACCUACUUCUUCUUGCCACCGCCGAAUAACCGUUUUGGAAAAUUUGGAUGUUGCUCCAUUUCCGCCCCCGAAACCUCGAGUGGUCUCUUUAGAACCUGUCUCCAAAAAAUCCAAAUCCAAACUCAAACAAAAGGUCCAAUCAGGCGAGCAAAUUCAGGACCCCGCCUCCAAUGGGCUCAGCGUGCAAGACCCAGUGCCGCCAUUGAGCCCUGCACCGAGCGAUAUUAGCUCUUCCAGUCGUUUGAGCACAAGCAGUCAAAGCUUUCAAGUGGUUGGUGACACAAAUCGAACUGGUAGUGUGCGCAGUACAUCCGCGUCCUCAGUCGGAAAAAACAUCACAGCAACGGCAGAACUCGCACGAUCGGGAGCCCUGCCUGGCGAUACAAUUCCUAUGAAAAUCACCAUUAACCACACUCGUCAAGUUCGCAGUCCUCAUGGGAUAAUUAUCACCUUAUUCCGACAAGGUCGGAUUGAUAUGCACCCUGCAAUACCUCUUGGGCCUUCGGAUGCCGAAGGCAAAAAGGUUUAUGAAGACUUCAUUCCUAAAUCAAGGACUGGGCUGAGUGGACUAUCUUUGGGUACCGGGCGCAGUAGUAGCGUUUUCCGAAAAGACCUUUCUCAAACAUUUGCGCCUUUAAUUGUCGACCCCAUGACCAUGACUGCUAACAUCAAGUCAUCAAUUCGAUUACCCGAAGACUCCUUCCCUACCAUAACUCGCGUACCUGGCGCCAUGAUUAGUUUCAGGUAUUAUGUCGAAGUAGUGAUUGAUCUACGUGGCAAAUUAGCUACCUCGGAUCGCUUUCUACCCCGAUUAAACAUGGUCUCGGGAGGGAGCAACUUCUCUAGCAGUGGCCAGGUCCAUUCCUUUUCUGACACAGGUAACAGCUCGGUGACAUCGAAUUGGUCCGGCAAUAUUUUGGAUACAGACCAAAUUCGGCGUGAAAAAGGGGUUGUAGCUGUGGUGUUUGAAGUCGUGGUUGGGACGCGCGAUUCGAAUCGACGGCAGCAACAGCAAGUAGACGAAAACGCAUCGGCUCCAGACACUGCUGCCAAUCCUCAAUCUGCAGACUACGAUACUUCCGACGCCCAUUAUAAUAUGUAUACAGAUGAAGAGGGCUUUUACGACAACGGUGAAUAUUAUCCACACAACAACUAUCAUGACCACGAAAAUGACUUGUAUUGGCACGAAUAUCCUCCUGCCAAUGAUCAACAAUUCCAUUCUUUAGGAGAGGCUGUACAGGCUCCGAGUUCUCAUGAACCUGAAGACGAAAAAACUCGACUCCAGCGAGAAGAGAGCAUGCUUUUACCAAGUCAGCCUCCCGACGAAGGAGUUCCGGGCCCCUCAACAGUUGCAUCCGCUCCCACAGCACCUGACAUUCCUGAAGAAGAAUUCCACUAUGACGAUCGGCCUCAAACACAAGUCGUUAAUGGCACGACUGCGCAGUCAUCAGCUAUGUCUGUCGACACAAUUGUACCAGGUCCUAGCGAACCACGUGUUUCAGACUAUCCGACGCACUCACAAUCCGACGACAAAAAUGAGCUUGAACGACAACGUCUCAUGAUGGAGGCUAGUGCUCCGGUAUCUUCUCCCGAAGGUAAUACCCAUCAUGAUAUUGCCCCAAGUGCCGCUCCUACAGCGCCAAUCUUGGAUGAAGAAGAACAUAUCAGCAGCCUAGAUGCCAGGGGCGACGAAGCCCUUCCGCGAUAUCAACGCUAA